AUGGAUAACUCAGUGCUAGGUAAUCAAGACAAUUCACAGGUUUCGCAGGAAAGGCACGAAAUUAAGAAUGUAAAUUCUCAGUAUGUCUCCACUACUUAUGAUAGCUUUUUAGAUUUCAUUGAGAAGUCCGAAAAUAGAGUCACCAAUUCAGUUUAUCCAAAUGACAAAACAGAUGCCGAAAACCCUGAAGAAAGGUUCUCUUCUGUAUCUGUUUCUAUUCUUGAUGAUGCUUUAGCUGUUUUACCUUCUGAUAAAGAGGUGUUAUUUCAAAUGGAUGUGUUUUUGAGGAUUUGUGAAACAAAUUUCUUCUUUGUUUAUCCUAAGAAGAUAAUGAAGGAAGUUAUUCGAUUUUUGGCAAUGAGAAAAAACAGAGAUACUUCCAAAUUGAUGAAAAAUUGGACAUUUGUUGCAUCAUUGUUAAGUAUGCUAUCAGUCUCUUCUGGAUUUGACUAUAUCAUUGACGACUCCAGAACAGAGGCAAUAUCUUCUCUUACAGAUAGUACAAGCCACCCAGGCUAUAAAUACUACAAAGCUGCAUUACCCUUUGUCGGUAUGUUAAUGAACAUAAUCACUACCGAGAGCAUUCAAACACUUUUACUAUUGGGUCUCUAUAUGACCACAAAUAAGUUUAAUGAUCAUUCGAAAAUAAUUGACCAAGGUUAUAUGUUCAUUAAUCUAGCAGUUGAUUUUGCUGUACAAAGUAAAUUGCAUCUUAAAGACACAUUCAAAGAUGAGCCUGCUGACAUCAGGGAAUUUCAAAAGAGGCUCUGGUGGUCGUGUUACGUACUGGAAAGAUUACUGGGAAUCAAUGUGGAAAGGUCAGGGGUAAUUAAAAGAGAACAGAUAACUGUUGAGUUACCACAGGAUAUUAUAGAAUUAAGGCAAUUAAAUGGAAGAACAAAUCAUGAACAUCAAACUGCUUUAAUAAAACUCACGUUUAUUUUGAUUGAAAUUUCGAACUUAAGUCUCAGAAAGAACAACAACUAUGCGAAUAAGGAAGGGCAGGUAACUCUCGAGUCCAGUAUUAUUAGAGACAUUUUAUUGAAACUUGAAAUUUGGAAAGAUUCGCUUCCUAAAUCAUGUAACUCAACAUUGAAUCCAGAUGAUGAUCAAUACAGAGCUAACAAUCAUUUGAAACUCAACUAUUUUCUUGCAAAAAUUUACCUAGGCAAACCAUUCUUAGCUUAUAAAAUUGAAAAUUUUGAAGAAAUGAAGAAUUCUAAUGGGACUGAAGAUAAUUUUGUGGACCGCUUAGCAUCAAUUUGUAUUGAUGCUGCUUUCAGUGUGCUUGAUGUUCUAUCUUCACUCGAGAAGAAUAGAAAAUUAGGAGUAUAUUCAAGGUCUGACCUUAAUUUCUGUAAUUUGAGCUUAUUUGUCAUAAUCACUUUUCUUAAAAUUGAUAGGUCCUCCAGUACAUUAGUUUUUUUGAAGAAAGGAUUUAAAAUCCUUAGAAUUUUAUCAAAGGGCUCAUUUAGCGCAAGAACAAAUCUAUCACGACUAGAGAGAUUAAAAUUUUUGACCAACAUACUUGAUCAGAUUGAUAGCAAAGAUGUAGAGGAUCAUCCCGAAAUGUGGAGGGUAGAUAAGUCAUUAGUAUUUCCUGAAAGCAAUUAUUUUGAUAAUGCAGAUUUUCAACUAAAGCAAGAUGAAGAAAGUCUUAAAUUUACUUGGAAUCUAAUCCCAGAGAAUUUUUAUCUUGAUAAUUUUGAGUCUAUCCCAAUGGAUGAACUAGAUUACGUUGACACGUUAUUUGAAAAUUUGGUCGAUAAGCAUACAUUUAAUUAA